CGACCACGAGGACGCCGCCAGGCCAGCGGCGCGGCCCCGGAGGCGACGCCCCCGUCCCGGCGGGACUGCGCCGCCGUGGAGCCGGGCGCCACCCUGGCGGCGCGGGGCGGCCUGGGCGGGCCGAGGACCAAGCGGCUCGUGCUGAUCCGGCACGGGAGGUCGACGUGGAACGAGUUCCUGGGCCAGCACAGGCAGCGCCAGUCCGAGGAGCAGCGGGAGCCGAAGCGGGCGGCGGGCCUGCGGGGCACCCUGAAGCACAUGGUGCGGGGCAAGGCGCGGGGGCCGGACGCCGCCGAGGGCCCGGAGGGCUCCCCGGGCGGAGGGGCGGAGGACGGCGACGACUUCAUCAACUUCUCCAGCGGCGGUGGCGGCCCGCAGGGCUACCCCGCCGGGGCGCAGCGCGGGCUCCUGGCCAGCGCGGCCCGGGGCGUCCGCAAGGUGGGCAACGCCCUCAGCCACGCGAAGGCCUACGCGAACCAGGUCGACCACCCCCUGAGCCCGGGCGGUCUGCUCCAGGCCCGCGCGCUGCGCGAGGCCGUGGGAGCCGCCUUCGCCUGUAGCCCGCAGCCCGAGGACGGUGACGGCGCCGCCGCCCUGCUUGCCUGCAAGAGCUGGUACAUCUCUCCCUUGUUGCGGGCGCUUCAGACCGCGGCGUACGCCCUCGACGGCCUCAAGAGGCGGGAUCCUGGCGUCAAGCUGCUGGUGACCCCCGACGCUCGGGAGAUCGUGAAGUCCCGUUACAGCAUCGACUGCGAGGGCAAGAAGGACAACGUUGGCGUCAAGGUGGUGGCGCGGGCUCUGGCAAAGACUGCAGAGACCAUCGCCGAUGCGGAGACCGACGACCCCACUAAUCGCCACCUGACGGAGUCCCGACAGGCGGAGUUGUUCGGCAUCUCCAGCGUGCUGUGCGCGCUUGACCUCAAGGAGGUCGGGCAGGAGUGGUGGGACGACGUGAGGCACAUGAAGAAGGAGGACCUCCGCGGAGACGACGACCGUGUCCGGCGGCUAACGAUGCGUUUGUUGCAAGACCCGGCGCCAAUCGCCGGCGUCGUGGGACAUUCGUUGCUGUUCCAGAGGAUGAUCCAGCUUUUCUUACCUCGGGACCGGGGCGAGCAGCUGCAGAUCAAGGCGGCCAUGCGCAACGGCGCGCCCGAGACCACCAAGGACCCUUUCGAUGACAAGAUCAUGAACUGCGGCGUGCUCGUGCUCACGUGUAGGUACCCCGAGAGGGAGGAGGGCGUGCCAGACCUCAGCAAGAUGGAGAUCCAGAGCGUGGAGUUCCUCUUCGACGGCCGCAUGGAGAGCGCUCUGCCCCCCUCUGAGACCCUGGGGGCCGAGCCGCAGGACCUCGAGUCGUACCUCGGCGACUUUCUCGACGGAGGGCCGGAGCUCUGACGCCGCGCCGCCGCGGCGCGGCGCCCACGGCCCUCUGCACUCCCGCGGCGCCCCCCCCGGCUCGGAUAGAGAGAGCCGUGCCGGCGUGGCGCGAGAAGUCCAAGGGGAGCAGGGGCCCUGGCGGGAUCCCAGACUUCUCAUCGGCGGCACUCGCGCGGGGCCAGGAGGAUCGAGCAGUGGCGAAGCGUCCUGGCUUGCGUACAGGGCCAGCAAAGAGUGUUCUGA